CCUCACUCCAUUUCGCUUACUGUUCGUUGCGAGCAGACCCCAACGAAGGUCGGCCAAUACCUGCCUCAUCCCUUCGAUCUAGGAGCCCUUCAUCUUCGUUUCGGUGCCGGGAGAGGAUUCCGAUUGGCGCUCUCCUCAUCAACCUCUUCCCACAACUUAUUUUCUUUUCUCUGCUUCAAAAAUGCCUCACAGACUUGAAAUCAAGAGAAAAGUCGCACAAAGAUCUGAAAGAGUAAAAUCUGUUGAUCUACAUCCAACUGAACCAUGGAUUCUUGCAAGUCUUUAUUCAGGAACUUUAUGCAUCUGGAAUUACCAGGCUCAGACUAUGUCAAAAUCUUUUGAGGUCACUGAUUUGCCAGUUCGGUCAGCAAAAUUUAUAGCGCGGAAGCAGUGGGUUGUUGCUGGAGCUGAUGACAUGUUUAUCCGUGUGUACAAUUACAAUACCAUGGAUAAAAUUAAAGUUUUUGAGGCACAUACAGAUUACAUUAGAUGCGUGGCUGUCCAUCCAACGCUUCCAUAUGUGUUGUCAUCAUCCGAUGACAUGCUUAUAAAGCUUUGGGAUUGGGAUAAGGGGUGGAUGUGUACUCAGAUUUUUGAGGGGCAUUCUCACUAUGUGAUGCAAGUGGCUUUUAAUCCAAAAGACACCAACACUUUUGCAAGUGCAUCUCUUGAUCGCACUAUAAAGAUUUGGAAUCUUGGAUCCCCUGAUCCAAAUUUUACUUUGGAUGCUCACACGAAAGGGGUAAAUUGUGUUGAUUAUUUCACUGGUGGUGAUAAGCCAUAUUUAAUCACAGGUUCCGAUGAUCACACUGCUAAGGUGUGGGAUUACCAAACCAAAAGCUGUGUACAGACACUUGAAGGGCACACACACAAUGUUUCUGCUGUUUGUUUCCAUCCUGAACUUCCCAUAAUAAUCACUGGAUCUGAGGAUGGGACUGUUCGAAUUUGGCAUGCCACCACAUAUAGGCCUGAAAACACACUCAAUUAUGGACUAGAGCGAGUUUGGGCUGUUGGGUAUAUGAAAGGCUCGCGCCGAGUUGUCAUUGGUUAUGAUGAAGGUACCAUUAUGGUGAAAAUUGGUCGAGAAGAGCCUGUAGCUAGCAUGGAUAGUAGUGGAAAGAUUAUAUGGGCUAAGCAUAAUGAAAUACAGACAGUAAACAUUAAGAGUGUUGGAGCAGAGUACGAGGUUACUGAUGGAGAAAGAUUGCCAUUAGCUGUAAAAGAGCUGGGAACCUGUGACAUGUAUCCACAAAGUUUGAAGCACAAUCCAAAUGGAAGGUUUGUUGUUGUUUGUGGAGAUGGAGAGUAUAUUAUAUAUACAGCACUGGCUUGGAGAAACAGGUCCUUCGGCUCAGCAUUGGAAUUUGUUUGGUCCUCAGAUGGAGAAUAUGCUGUUAGGGAAAGUACAUCACGGAUUAAAAUCUUCAGUAAAACAUUCCAGGAGAAGAAAAAUAUCCGUCCAACUUUCUCUGUUGAACACAUUUAUGGAGGGACUCUGCUGGCGAUGUGCUCAAGUGACUUCAUUUGUUUCUAUGAUUGGGCUGAGUGCAGGUUGAUUCGGCGAAUUGAUGUUAAUGUCAAAAAUGUUUAUUGGGCUGAUAGUGGUGAUUUAGUGGCCAUUGCUAGUGAUUCAUCAUUUUACAUCCUGAAGUACAAUCGUGAUACUGUAUCAUCGUAUUUUGAUAGUGGAAAUCCUAUUGAUGAACAAGGUGUAGAGGAUGCUUUUGAACUCCUCCAUGAAACGAAUGAGCGAGUUCGAACUGGAUUAUGGGUUGGAGAUUGCUUCAUUUACAAUAACUCUUCUCGGCGACUUAACUACUGUGUUGGUGGUGAGAUAACCACCAUGUUUCACUUGGACCGGCCAAUGUACUUGUUGGGAUAUCUUGCCGGUCAGAGUCGGGUUUACCUUAUAGACAAAGAAUUUAACGUUGUGGGAUAUACAUUACUACUUAGCUUGAUUGAGUACAAGACUCUUGUUAUGCGUGGAGACCUAGAACGUGCAAAUGAAGUUUUAUCUUCAAUUCCUCAAGAGCAUCAUAAUAGUGUGGCUCGAUUUUUGGAAUCUCGAGGUAUGCUAGAGGAGGCUCUGGAAGUUGCUACAGAUCCUGACUACAGAUUUGAUCUAUCCAUACAGCUAGGUAGAUUAGAGAUUGCAAAGGCAAUUGCUACAGAAGCACAGAGUGAAACCAAGUGGAAACAGCUGGGAGAAUUAGCUAUGUCCACUGGGAAGCUAGAAAUGGCCGAGGAAUGUCUAUCUCAUGCAAUGGAUUUCAGUGGUUUGUUGCUUCUAUAUUCUGCUCUUGGAGAUGCUGAAGGAAUAUCAAAACUUGCUUCCCUUGCGAGAGAACAAGGGAAGAACAAUGUUGCAUUUCUUUGUUUAUUCACACUAGGUAGAUUGGAAGAUUGUCUCCAGCUGUUGGUGGACUGUAACCGGAUACCCGAAGCUGCCUUGAUGGCACGUUCUUACCUUCCAAGCAAAGUCUCAGAGAUAGUUGCUAUUUGGAGAAAUGAUCUGAAUAAGGUUAAUAGAAAAGCUGCAGAAUCAUUGGCUGAUCCUGAAGAGUACCCUAAUUUGUUUGAGGACUGGCAGGUUGCUCUUGCCAUUGAAUCUAAAGUUGCGGAGAAAAGGGGCACUUAUCCUCCAGCAGAACAAUACUUGAACUAUGCUGAUAAAUCAAGUGUUAAUCUUCUUGAAAGUUUUAGAAGCAUGCAAAUUGAGGAGGAUGCAUCCCUUGAAAAUGGAGAUUCAGCUCACGAGGAAAUUCAAGCGAAUGGAGAAGAUAAUGAACAGGAAGAGGUCACAGAGGUGGAUGUCGAUUCUACGAAUGGUGUUGUACUUGUUAAUGGUAAUGAAGGUGAAGAAGAGUGGGUUCUCACGCCACAUCAAUAGGUCCUAUCGAAUAGUUGUUCCAGCUGUCUAAUACAUUCGUCCUCACUUGAGAAUAGUGUCUUCAUUUGGUUGCGUCCAAAGAGGUCCAAAGAGAUGACUCACAGCGCCAUUUUUUCCCUUAUUAGGUAAUUUUGUAGCUAUACAGCUUCAACUUUCUUUUUUAUUAAUGAUGAUGUAUAAUUUUAUAGACAAUGUUAGAGGCUUCAUCAUCUUAACCCUAAUCAAUGUUAUAACCGCCAUGUAUUAGUGCUGCAGGAGCAUUGAGUUUGAACCUUAUAUUCAAAUUUGUAUAGAAUUGAACAAAAUUUUACAUAAAUUUGUAUUGCAUUUAGUUGAAAUUCAUACAAUUUAAAGUCCAAA